AUGAGUGAUCUCCAGAAAGCCUGGGCCAAAUCCAGGCUCAGUAGUGGAAUGAGUCCUGACGCCUUCGACGAGCGGGAGGAAGAGGAGGAUGGCUAUCUUACCGAGAUGCCAGAACCAACCUUUGAGGAUGAUUCUUCGAGUGCAUCUUCGGCCUCGUCGACGGGAACCAUCAUACCCUCUCCAAGCAGAAACUUAUUCGCGAGACCGCAGGGUGUGCCGAGAGGAAGGACAUUGCAGCAGAUACCUUGGACAACAUAUUUUGAGAGGGAGCUGUUUCUGAAAACGGAGGAUGCGCCAUCGAGUCCCACUCUGCAUGCUUACCUGAUAUCCCCCGUGGAUAAAGGGCCCCUAUUCGUGAUGCACCACGGCGCCGGUUCAUCGGGGCUGUCUUUCGCCGUUGUGGGCUCCGAGAUCCGAAAGCGUCAGCCGUCAGCAGGUAUACUGUCCGCGGAUGCACGGGGUCAUGGAUCGACCACCAAUCCCGACAGUGACAAGCUUGACCUGAGCCUGGCCACGUUAUCAAAAGAUCUACUUUCCGUCAUCAAGUCGACGAAGGAAGAAAUGAAGUGGAAGGAGCUGCCUUCUAUUAUAUUGGUUGGCCAUUCUCUGGGCGGCGCUGUCGUAACCGAGCUUGCCAUGUCGGGGGCACUCGGUAAUGCACUCCUGGGAUAUGUCGUUCUUGAUGUGGUGGAGGGAUCUGCUAUGGAUGCCUUGCAGAGCAUGCAGACGUAUCUAUCGACGCGACCGAAUGGAUUCGCGACCCUGGAGGCGGGCAUCGAGUGGCAUGUGAGAUCAAGAACGAUUCGCAACUCGGUUUCAGCCCGCACCAGCGUACCAGCAUUGCUGAGUCAGGACGAGGUACGGACCGACUCACGGCCUUGGAAGUGGCGGACGGAUCUUGCCAGCACACAACCGUUUUGGGAAAACUGGUUCGUCGGUCUGAGCAAGAAGUUCCUAGGGGCAAGGGGUGGAAAACUGCUGCUCCUGGCAGGAACGGAUAGACUAGACACGGAGUUGACGAUUGGCCAGAUGCAAGGAAAGUAUGCUUUGCAGGUCUUCCCAGAGGCUGGCCACUUCAUACACGAGGAUUUGCCUGAAAAGACGGCAGUAUCGCUGGUGGACUUCCAUCGCCGAAAUGAUAGAAGUGCCCUCGUGCUACCACCCAAAGUGUCGGACUUGCUGAGGCAGGGCAAGAAGGUCUAA